AUGAUGAAUUUGCAAAUUUGGAUAGUUUCCGGCCUGUCUGUCUUGAUUGGAUUCUCUACCCCACAAACACUCAUUGGCGAUCAAACCAAUGACUUGACACAUAUACCCUAUCCAGGGGAUUGCAAUCUCUACUAUGAGAAACGCACUCUGAGUUGCCCACCUGAAUCGUGUUGGAAACCCCAAUUGCAACGAUGUGAAAUUAAAAGCAUUAUAAAACCAACAAAUUUCAAUCACAGCUCGAAUUCGACUUCUAGCCGAGAUGAACAUAUUCAGAGUCUUUUCGCUCUGUGUGCUGCUCAGAAGGAGGUUUUCAUACCAUUCCCAGGAGACUGCACUCGUUUUAUCCAGUGCGACUAUCUGCCAUUCGUGAAGAUUUGCCCUCCGUUCCUAUAUUGGAACUCCAAGUUGCUUACUUGUGACAAAAUAUGUUUGUAA